CAACUACUCCUUUCUUCUAUACUCUAACGCAUACACAUUUUUUAAAACAAUUUCCGUCUCUAUAUAAAACACUCACUCCACAACUCUCUUCAUCACCCAUCUCCUUUUGGAAACCAUUUACUGGAACUAAAGGAUAUAUAUGGCUGGUCUUAUGAAGUUAGGAUGCUUGGUCUUUGUCUUCGUGAUUGCGGCCGGUCCAAUCACAGCAAAGGCGGCUCUGAGCUGUGGCGAAGUUAACAGCAAUUUGAAACCGUGCACUGGCUACUUGACCAAUGGUGGUAUCACUAGCCCAGGCCCACAGUGCUGCAAUGGUGUUAGAAAGCUUAACGGCAUGGUCCUUACAACCCUAGACCGUCGGCAAGCAUGUCGUUGCAUUAAAAAUGCCGCUAGAAACGUCGGCCCUGGUCUCAACGCUGACCGUGCUGCUGGGAUUCCUAGGAGAUGCGGAAUCAAAAUACCUUACAGUACCCAAAUCAGGUUCAACACCAAGUGCAACACGUACAUAUGUUAAUCUCUUUCUCAUCUAAUUAUACUAAAUCAACAGUCACUUUUUCAAUAACUGAUACAUUUUCUGUUUGACAUGUGGCAUAAGUCUCAAAUUCUACUCUUUUACUUCUUCUUUUUCUUUUACACUUUACGACAAAACAAAAAUAAAAUAAAGAAAAUAAACUGUUCCUUUUCAAAAAUUAAAAACUGUUCUUAUUCUCCACAUCCACAUGAUCUCUACAAUCUCCAAACACUGUUUUCUUUCACACCUUACACAAAAAAAAAACUGUUCUUUUAAAUAAUUAAAAACUGUUUCUUUGUUUUUUUAUUAUUAUUUUGUAAUAUUGAUACAAAUUUUUUGUUUUUAUAACACUAAUGCAUAUGUUUGAUAUUCUCAAAAUAUUUUAAUAUAUUUUAUAAAUUAAUAUUUAAUUAACUCUGCAUAACAGUGGCAUAAUUCUAGUAUAUAUAUAAUUAAAGAGGUUUAAGAAAUAAGGAAAAUUUACGUACUCAUCAAAUUAUUUUACUACAGACAAAAUUUUGCCAAAAAACAAAUUUGCAAAAGGAAGUAUAUAUCGAACCCCUAACUCAGAAAAUUGGAAACUUGUAAUAACGGUGUUAUGUUGAAUUGUAUGUGGCUGCAGCGUGAGGUGAUCGGCGGUCAGAUGAAGCUACUAGCGGAUAUUUCUAAUAUAGUAAUAUAUAUAGUUAGAUAGUAAAAAAGAGAGGCCUAGUUACCGAUCCAGUUAACUGGACAUAAAUCGGAAAGUAAUUGGCAAAUUAGUUUUCUCAAUUUUGAAUAAUAAUUUUACCUAAAUAUUGGUUUAUAUAUUAUUUGUAAGAAAUCACAUAUACAUAUGUCAGUGAAAUAAGAUGGUCUUGUGGUUGAAUUUUUGAAUUUAAUGGGUAACUCUCAGCUUCAAGUCCAGAAUUCGGGUUUACUAGGAUCUGUUUUUAUUUUAUUUUUUAACGAUUUUGUUUUACUGAAAAAUUUAAUGAAAUCAUAGGAAGUCGAGGAGUGUAAUUGGAGUGUGAUUGUAGUUUAAAAUAAAGCCAUGGUACAAACAUAUCAAGAAGGACAUGGGAUGAGAAUCAUCUAUCCAUGUCUAGAGAAACCCCACAACCACUUUAGAGUCAAUUUUCAGAUCAAUGUGCACGACUCUCUUCUCUCAAGCAAUAUAUAGACCAUUGUACAUUCUCCAUAGUUUCCGUUAAUGGUGUUGAGCAUCGAGCAAUGUUAACAGCAAACCCUCCACACUAAUCGCCUCUCUAGCUCAUCCCGCAAAGGUCCACCGCCGUUGCUAAACAAGGAUUCCUUCGGGAGGCUCCUUCUUUUUUUAUUUGUGCAAAUAUUUGUUUUCAUUCAUCACAAUGGAAUAAGGUUCAAAAUAACCAAAGGUACAAGGAUAAUAAGGUUACAAACAGAGGAAAUAAAAGCUAAAGCAAAAGCUACACAAACAUAGUUAUAGUAGUUCGACAAAAAAUCUAUGAGAACUUGAAGACCAAAGCUAGUUAGCAAGUUGGAACAAGUGAUAACAUGAUUUAUCGAAGAAUUAUCCAUAGACGAAACAUUAAACGAUAUAUUUGUCACUGUCAUUAGACUAAGUGAUAUUGAAGAGGGUUCCAUGACCAAGGUUUUCGUCGGUGUGAGAAGAGGCUCCUUCCAUGUGUAACUAUAUCCAAACGGUGUUUGCACUCACGGUAUAUAUGGUAGGUGUGAAAAUGUAUUUGGAGAUAGACUUUUUUUUGGCUGCCCAUUUUUAGUAUAAAUUACUAACAGUUAUAAAUCUAAUGAUAACUUUAUUUAAGUAAGGAUUUUUUUUGGCUGUUAACACAUACAGUUAAGGUGAUUAAUUAAGACUUUAGAAAUCCAAACCGAAGUUAAGAAAAUUUACAUAAAUAGAAUUAUACGGAUAAAGUUUAUCUUGUAAAUACUAAACUACUCACCCUAAGAUUCAAAUGGCAUUGAAUAAAAAAAAUGAAGAAAGUAAAUUCUUAAUCGUCACGAAUUCAUCCAAAUACGUUAAGAAUACAAUCCUAUUCGUCGGUGCAGACACCAAAAAUGAAGAUUUUAUUAUACGUAAAUAAAAAAGGUUUUCAAUGAUUGGUUCAAAAACAAAGGAAAAAAAAGCAAAUCAUUAUCACCAUAAGUGAGGAUUGGACUAUUAUUUUCUAGUUACAAAAAUGUAAACUGCUAGGAUAUGACUUGCAGUAUACUGCGGGUUAAAUAUUUUAAUUAUUUUUCUUUGUCAUAAAAUAGAAUUUGUUGUUUGUGUUGAUUAAUAAUUAUUGAUAAGGUUGUAUAUGCUUUUUAU